UAACUGUGGGGAGGGGCUUUCCCUACUCUGGGCAGCAGAGUCGGGGCAACACGUCAGUAACGGGUGGAAGUUGGCCUUUACGGUCUCUAAGGGCCCUGGUGUGCCAGAGAGGAGGACGAAGUUGGGGCGCAGGCGCUGCAGCUGACUUUCCUGGCAGACCCCACUGUGAUGCUUCCUGAUUGAUCAUGUUGUAACAGUGCCUGGAAGCCUGAGGCUGCAUUUCCAGCUGGACAUACCUCAGUUGUCCACAUCAUCAUGGAGAUCCGAAAGGAUGAAGCUGCUCAGGCCAAGGGAGCUACAGCCUCUGGGAGUACUCAUGAACAAACGGCAGAAAAAGGAGCCAAGAACAAGGCAGCUGAAGCGACAGAAGGACCAACUUCAGAGCCAUCCUCAUCCGGCCCAGGUAGGCUGAAGAAAACUGCCAUGAAACUCUUUGGUGGCAAGAAGGGUAUCUGUACUCUGCCUAGUUUCUUUGGAGGGGGACGGAGCAAAGGUUCUGGGAAAGGCAGCUCUAAGAAAGGUCUCAGCAAGAGCAAGACCCACGAUGGCCUGAGUGAAGCAGCCCACGACCCUGAAGAUGUUGUUAGUGAAGGAACUGGCUUCUCUCUGCCUUUGCCUGAGUUACCCUGCCGAUUUCCCAGCUCUCAGAGUGCCCAUGGGGCUUUGGAGACAGGCUCCAGAUGUAAGAUAUCUGUGGCUGGAACCACAGAGAAAGCUGGGGUUGAGAAGUUUCCCUCUAUGUCCAAGCCAAAGAAAGGUCUAAAAGGCUUUUUUAGCAGUAUUCGCCGUCAUCGAAAGAGCAAGGUCGCUGGGGCUGAGCAAAGUGAGCCAGGGACCAAGGGGCCUGAGAAGGCCAGAGCCAGGCCUCAUGAGCACGUGAGCUCAGCCCCUUGGGUGCCCUGCUCUGAGGAGACCUUCCAAGCCCCUAGAAAGGAAAACGCUACCCCUCAAGAUUCCCCUGGGCCAAAAGUUUCUCCAACACCAGAGCCUUCUCCACCAGCUACUGAGACAGCGGCCUAAGAUCCAGAAAAACCCAUGGAGGCCUGUGCCUCAGCACAUGUGCAACCCACGCCUGUCCCUGAAGCCAGUAGUGUAGAGGAGCCCCAUAGCCCAGAAACAGGGGAGAAGGUGGUAGCGGGAGAGGUAAACCCACCCAAUGGCCCUGUGGGUGACCAGCUGAGCCUUUUGUUUGGGGAUGUGACAUCCCUGAAAAGCUUUGAUUCAUUGACAGGUUGUGGUGACAUUAUAGCAGAACAGGACAUGGACAGUAUGACAGACAGCAUGGCCUCUGGGGGCCAGAGAGCAAACCGAGAUGGGACCAAGCGAAGUUCCUGCCUGGUGACCUACCAAGGAGGUGGGGAGGAGAUGGCCUUGCCAGAUGAUGAGGAAGAGGAGGAAGAAGAGGAAGAAGAGGUGGAAUUAGAGGAGGAAGAAGAGGAGGUUAAGGAGGAAGAAGAAGAUGAUGACUUAGAAUAUCUCUGGGCAACUGCCCAGAUGUAUCCAAGGCCCAAUAUGAAACUGGGUUACCAUCCCACCACAUCCCCAGGCCACCACGGCUGCAUGCUCCUUGACCCAGUCAGAUCUUAUACUGGCCUAUCCCCUGGGGAACUUCUGACUCCUCAGAGUGACCAGCAAGAGUCUGCCCCCAAUAGUGAUGAAGGUUAUUAUGACUCCACUACACCUGGAUUUGAGGAUGAUUCAGGUGAGACCCUGGGGCUUGUCCACAGGGAUUGUCUGCCCCGAGACAGCUACAGUGGAGAUGCCCUAUAUGAGUUCUAUGAGCCAGAUGACAGUCUUGAGAACUCUCCACCUGGGGAUGACUGCCUUUACGACCUUUGUGGUCGAAGCUCUGAGAUGUUUGACCCCUUCUUGAACUUUGAGCCCUUUUCUUCCUCCCGGCCACCUGGGGCAAUGGAGACAGAGGAGGAACGGCUAUUGACCAUCCAGAAACAGUUGUUGUAUUGGGAGCUUCGGAGGGAGCAGCUUGAGGCCCGGGAGGCACGUGCCCGAGAAGCCCAGGCCAGGGAGGCCCACACCAGGGAGGCCUAUACUCGAGAAGCUCAUGGCAAGGAAGCCUAUGCCAGGGAGGCCCACACUUGGGAAGGUCAUGCCAGGGAGGCCAGAACCCGAGAAGCCCAGGCCCGAGAGGCUCGUUCUAGAGAGUCUCAAGUCCGAGAGGCCCAGGUCCGACAUGAGAAACCCAUCUUAGAGUAUCAGAUGAGGCCCUUAGGCCCAUCAGUGAUGGGCCUGGUGGCAGGGGUAUCAGGGGCCUCGCAGAUUUCCCACCGGGGAAUUACCUCAGCUUUCCCCACCACUGCGAGCAGUGAGCCAGACUGGAGGGACUUCCGUCCUCUGGAGAAGCGUUUUGAAGGAACCUGCUCCAAGAAAGAUCAAAGUACUUGCCUGAUGCAGCUCUUCCAGAGUGAUGCCAUGUUUGAGCCAGACGUGCAAGAAGCAAAUUUUGGAGGAUCUCCCAGGAGGGCCUACCCUACCUAUUCACCCCCUGAAGAUCCAGAGGAAGAAGAGGUUGAGAAGGAAGGGAAUGCCACUGUGAGUUUCUCACAGGCCCUGGUAGAGUUCACCAGCAAUGGGAACCUCUUUUCCAGCAUGUCCUGCAGCUCUGACUCUGACUCAUCUUUCACUCAAAAUCUCCCUGAGCUGCCUCCCAUGGUGACCUUUGACAUUGCUGAUGUGGAAAGGGAUGGGGAAGGCAAGUGUGAAGAGAAUCCUGAGUUCCACAAUGAAGAAGAUCUUGCAGCCUCCUUGGAAGCCUUUGAGCUGGGCUACUAUCACAAACAUGCCUUCAGCAACUACCACAGUCGAUUCUACCAAGGCCUGCCCUGGGGUGUGAGCAGCCUCCCUCGAUACUUGGGACUUCCUGGCAUGCACCCUCGACCUCCACCUGCUGCUAUGGCCCUCAACAGGAGAAGUCGCUCCCUUGACACUGCAGAGACCCUGGAGAUGGAGCUCUCCAAUUCCCACUUGGCCCAGGGCUACUUGGAGUCUGAUGAACUUCAGGCCCAACAGGAAGAUUCAGAUGAAGAAGAUGAAGAGGAGGAAGGAGAAUGGGGCCGAGACAGUCCCCUUUCCCUCUAUACUGAACCCCCAGGGGCCUACGAUUGGCCUGCUUGGGCUCCCUGUCCUCUUCCAGUGAGGCCAGGCCCGGCCUGGGUAAACCCCAACCAGUUGGACAGGUCUUCCAGCCAGUCUCCAUAUGGGCAGGCAACCUGUUGCAUACCUCCUAUGACCACAUCAAUGUCACUAUCAGUGCCAGAGUCAAGAGCACCUGGGGAAUCCGGGCCUCAGCUAGCUCGUCCCUCACACCUACACCUGCCCAUGGGCCCUUGUUAUAACCUCCAGCCACAGGCCUCCCAGAGUGUGAGGGCCAGGCCUCGAGAUUUGCUGCUCCCUGUUGAUGAGCCCAGUUGCUCUUCAAGUUCUAGAGGUUUCAGCCCCAGCCCUCUGCCCCAGGCCAAGCCUGUGGGCAUCACCCAUGGCAUUCCUCAGUUGCCCAGGGUCCGGCCUGAGCACCCCCAGCCUCAGCCCACUCACUAUGGGCCUUCCAGCCUUGACCUAUCAAAGGAGAGUCCCAAGCAAGGUGCCUCUCUUGCCACCAGCUACUCCUCCACUGCCAUGAACGGAAACCUAGCCAAGUAGUUAUCAAUUCUGGUGUGGGGGCACGGGGCCUGAGCAUGUGAAUGGGGAUCAGGGGUUGGGCAGAGGGGUGGGAGGGUGGGGGUUGCUGUUUAACUUGAAAAUCCUUUGGGCCAAGGAAAACUCCUAGUAGUUUUCACCUUAGUUUACCCACUUCCCUCUUCUGCCAUCUAUGGCCACAUUCAACUCAAGUACAUCUGCCCAGGGAGGCUGCUGCUGCUACUGCACUCCAGUUUUUGCUUUUGGGAUUUCUUCUUGUGACCCUCGCUGGGUUUGGGAUGCUGUAAUUUUGUGCCUAUUCUAGUUGCCAAGUUAGUGAUUAUAUAUAUAUACAUAUAUAUAUAUAUAUAUAUAUAUAUAUAUAUAUAUGUAUAUAUAUAUAUAUAUGUAUAUAUAUAUACACACACACACAUAUAUAUAGAAUCUAUAUACACUAUACACACACGGCAUAUGUGUGUGUGUGUAUAGUGUAUAUAGAUACACACACACUCAUACAGAUAUAUAGCAUGCAUCCUUUACACAGGCUAAACCUUUAGUGCUCCCUGCCCCUUCCCCACAAUAAAUGAUGAACCACUGAUUAGCAGCCAAGUCUGCACUGCCUCCUGCUUGGGGAUGGGGGGCUUAUUUGCUAUUAGCAAUGUGAAAUUAUGGUACAGAUCCUCCCCACCCCUAUUACUUUUGGCCUUGGCGUAGCUGCCAUCAUUACAUCAGAUGACUAUAAGCUGUUCAUACCCAGCUAGCUGUCCUUAGAGAGGAUCAAGUAGCAUGUGUCUCACUGCCUAUUGCUGUGGACUUUGGCAUCAUGACCAGAUGGGGGCCUUUUAGCCUGUCCUGCCAUAGCUCAGGUUAAAGACAAAAACACUAUCCCGUUGAUGGAGUGAUAAAAUUUAUCCAUUUGCAAACAGAAGAUAAAACAAGGUUCUAUUGCGGACACUGCCAUAGAGCCUUGAGCUCUGGAAUGAUAGGAUUUUUUUUCCUUCUUCUCUUAAGCCUGUGACUCCCUGAGUUGCAGAUGCUUUUGAAUUUUGUUCUUUUGCCCUCUAAAGGUAGUUUUCAUAAUCUCAUCACAAGGAACACGGUCUUUUAAUUGAGAUAAGGGAAGAGAAGCAACCUAAAUUAGGCUUGAUAUAGGGGCUUGGGUUUUGUGGGGUUUAGGGGAAAGAUAGAAAAUGAGGGUCCAUUUUUCACAGCUAGCAAUAGAGGGGAUUUUAGACUUUUCAGAGCUUGAGGUAUCUGUUUCUUAAAAGGGAAAACUACUCCCUUCUCAAGCCUCCUAACACAAAAAGUUCCUUUAGCCUUGCCCACCCCAUCAUUUGGACUCUGAAAUAAGGCCCCAGACUUGUACUUCCAAGACAGGAUACCAAAGGCAUCUCAGCUACUGUUCUGGGCCCUUUAAAGAGCUUUCAUCUUCCAAUUAGCCAAAUCCUUAGCAUCAUCAAAAGACAGGGCUUCUUGGGAGGAAAGAAAGACUGUGAUCUACCCUCGCUCUGCCAAGCUUCAAGACUGAUCUGCAUGGCAGUUGCAGCUCUUUAUGGAAUGAAUUGUGCCCUCCCUUCUCCUGCAUCCAUGCAGUUUUUAAUGUUAAAGUAGGUUGGAAAUACUGAUGGGGAAGAGCUUGCUGUCAGGAAGACAUUAGAACAGGCUAAUCUUGCCAAGCUCAACCUCUCAUUAAUCACCCAUAGGAGAGGGCUCCUUUUACAUGUCUUUAUUGGAAAUCGAAUCUGGAACAUUUUUUGCUUGGCUGUGUUCACUCAAAUUAUGAUUAUUGCAUCCCCUGCCCCUGCCCCACACCCCACCCGUCUCCAGGCCUGUUGAGAGAAGAAGUCGACAGGGUUCUUGCCAUUCCUGAGAUAUGGCAGUUUAGCUUGAGAACAGAUGCUGUUUGCCCCCUAAGUCAAGGUGACUUUGUGGGCAAACUGUUUCUUGGCCAGGGGAUGUGUCCAUGCUGGUCUUUGUCACCAUUUCUCAGAUUGGGGUUGGCCCAGCGCCCAUACCUACAAACAGCGGACCUGGCUGGUAGAAGCUGCACCACUGGAAACACCACAUGAAUUUACAUGGCACUAACACCACCCCUCAAGAGACCCAGACCAGCUCUUCAGGCUGACUUUGGCUACAGAUACAUUGUGGAGCUGGAGAAUGAAAGAGGGUGAGGAAGGCCUUCUUUACCCCAAGCACAGCAUUCCAAGAGACAAGUGCCCACAUUCCAACUUUCUGGCUCUUACCCAAAGCUGCUCUGGGAAGGUGGGGCUGGAAUUGGCCUGGCUGUUUGGCAGGAAGUAAACACUCACCAAAUGCCUUUACAACAGGGAAAACCCACCUCUUGCCUCUUCUUUCAGGGCAGCUUGAGCUCCUGUCUGCAUGUGGACUGUGCCAGCCCAGCAGGCAGUAGAGCUAUCACCAGCCUCCAGACCCUGCUGGAGAAGGGCCACCAGCCUAUCUGGGAGAAGAAAAAGGAGGUGGUCAACCUUUGGCUAAGGGCUGAGAGCUGCCCUCAGGGUCAGGAUGGCAGCAUGAGGCAUUGCCUCUGAGGGGCACUGGCAUAGCCCUGACACACUUGAUGGCUUUGGAAGGUCACACACCACAGAGUAGGGCCUGGGGCUGAGUGAGACUUCAUGGUUUGGACAGCAUUGCUGCCUGCAAGUUCCUUCACUGUCCCAGCCAGCCCAGGGACAGGAUCCUUACCACCUGAAGUGGGGCAGUCAGGAUAUGUGACUGCAGAGGCAGGUUCCUUUGAAUCUCUAGAGCUGAGCAGUUUAUGGCUGAAGCUCAGCUGCAGCCUAGAGGAGGAAGAAAGACCUGUCUGGGGACACAUGGUGAUGGCAACACAGGGUGACAUUGGAGAGCCAGCCAAGCUUCAGGCCUCUUUCCAAACAGAGGCCAGCAUUGUCUUGUGUGGCAGCAAAUAUGCCCCAGACCAAUAAAACUGUUGAUAUCAUUUCCACACCUCCAAGACUAUGACUAGAUGAACACCACAUCUCUAUUGCAAGGUCCUGGAAUAACACUUUGGAUGCGACUUUAGGGAAAAUUGGACUUAAUAGAAGCAGCUGCCUUCGUCUUGUUACCCAAUAGGCCUGGUGCCAGACAGCUGUGAUCCUGAGAAUUCCCAGGACAAGACUAGUCCUUGGAGGACCAGUGAAUGUGGAAAGAGAAGGCCACCCAGUGAGCCUCUCCCAGCGCCAGUAUGCCAGCUUCUUGGUGCUUUCGAGUCCCAAGAAAGCCCUGUGUUGGGGCCCAGGUAGAGCCAGCCCUACCUAUCUGGCUUCAGCUUGGGUACCAGGCCACAAGACUGCCAGGAUAACGGCUUAAAUAAACACUGGUCUCUCUCCCUCCUUAGUCCUAUGCCAAGAAGGGAAGUAGCUUCACACACUCAGGAGGCUGGGUGUGUACCCUUCAUCCUGCUGCCAGUAGCUUUCUUACCUGUGCCAAUGCCACCACCCCACCUGCCCUCAGACCCCAGGCCCAGUUGCUAGAGGGAGGCAUGGGGUUUAGCAGGGAGACUUCAAGUUUACCCAUGUGUAUGUUGCAUUCAAGUUGUUUUUAAUAUAUAUAUAUCAAAAGUCAUUAUCUAUUUUGUAUUGUUUGCUUUUUAUAUUCAUGGAAAACAAUGUUUAUCAAUUGUUCUUUUCUGAUUUAUUUUUAAGCGGUGCUGUUUACAGUUUUAAACAAAACAUAGAUGACACAAAAAUUGCUGCUGCUUGUGCAGAGGGCUGGCAUCUCAACUACCUAGGGUCCUCCCUCUUUCCCCUCUCCCUACCUUAGCUGUAUCACCCUGUUCGUUCCUUCCCCAUGUGAUAGGGACAGCAGAAGAUGCCCAGGUACUGAAGACAAACGCCAGUGACUCAGGCGUGUGGAACCUGGUAGACAGCUUGUCAUUUUCUGGCUUUAUGUUUUCUUUCUUCUGAACCCUCUUCCCUAUGUCUAGAUCUUCCGAGGGUACUCAUGUAUCUUAUUUUUUUUUUCUUUUUGUGUUUUGUGCUUUUGUUUUGAAACCAGAGUGCCCAUAUCGUGCUAUUUGUCUUGUUGAGUUUCUCCAAAGGAGCAUUUUGGGGACAUUCUCCACUCAAUGGGGAAGGCAGGGGGUUUCAACCAUGUCCCCUUUCCCCAAGAGGUUGUGGGAGACAGAUGGCAAUGAUGCUUGCACUAUCAGGAAUUUACCAUCUCGUUGAGGAAACCCUUGCGUGAGACUUCCCAGGAGCUCAGUUGAUUGUGACAUUGCCCAGAAGAGGCUUGGGGAACUCUUUCACCCCUCUUGCUGCUUUGGGGGAAUAUCCCCCCUCCCACCCACCACCAUUUCCUUCCCCUGCCCUGCUCCAGCUCACACAUGGAUGGUACUUUGGGGAACAGUGACUUUCAGGGUAAUGGCUUGCUGGCCUGAUCCCCCACUUUCCAAUCCUAUAGUCACUCCAAAGAAGAAAAUCCACAUGGUAUGUAUAUGUGUGAGGGUUGGAUCUAUUGAGAGGCGGGACUUUAAUUAUUAUUGUUAUUAUUAUUGGUGCUUAUUUUUUCCUGCUGUAUAUGGGGGUGGGGGGGAAUAAAACAGGAAUGUAUAUUUAGGUCAUGUUAAAUAAAAUGGCUGGAGGAAGCAGGGAAGAAUUAGGAACCGCAGUACAUCAUUACCCCAGGUGUAAGAGUUAUUUCUCUCCUAGUGCAGAAAGGGGAGUGUGGCCCCUGGCUGUACUUAAGCUUCCCCUUCUCCAUCCCUCAGACAUCCCAGAAUCACCUGGGUUCUGACCUCCCCACUUCUAGCUCUCACUGACAUCUGGAUAUCUUGAUGCACUGCCUGUUUGUAACAAAAUAUACUUCUUUGCUGAAUGCUAAUAAACUUCUGGGUUCAAGAGUGAACCCCACAGUCA